AUGUCGUACGAUUAUAUGUUUAAGUACAUCAUCAUUGGUGACACAGGAGUAGGGAAAAGUUGCUUGCUUCUACAGUUCACGGACAAGAGGUUUAGAACAGACCACGACCUGACAAUAGGGGUCGAGUUUGGUGCAAGGCUGAUAAGCAUUGACGGUUAUGAGCGUGUUGAAAUAUGUCGAUGAUCAAGAAAGUUCACUUGCGACGCAUUCAUGAUGAUGAUCCGUUGUAACUUUUCUUAUGUCUUACUUAGCAGCUUGUAGUCUACUUUCCACUGUUAUUCCCAUGAGAUUCGCCGAGUCUUCAGACUUCUUUCCCGAAGGUGCCUCUUUGUCUAAAUGUAUACAAAGAUCACAAUCUUAACAUCAAGCCUCUAAUGCGAAAAAGCAAUAAAGUUGCAAAUAUGGGACACGGCGGGCCAAGAAAGCUUCAAAAGCAUAACAAGGUAUUGACUGUAUGUUGUAAGAUAGUGUUAGUUCGAUUUGGCUUAUCCGUCUGUGCGUCUGUCUGAUGUCGACCACACAGUGACCCUCUGAUCCACCACACAGUGACCUUCUGAUCCGCAUCUUCCCUCCUCUAUCAUGAUUUGUAUCGCACAAACUAGAGAUUCUUCUACGUAAACACCGAAGCCCUAAGCCCUAUACAACUAUUCAACAAGAUGAUACUAACGUAGCACUUAGUACUCGACCACAGGUCAUAUUACCGCGGUGCAAUAGGAGCAUUACUCGUUUAUGAUGUGACGAGAAGAGAAACGUUCAAUCACUUAGAGCACUGGCUGAGGGAAGCAAAGGAGCAUGAUAGGGACGACAGGAUGGUAACCAUACUUAGUACCUUUGUUGUGAACUGGAACAGGAGGACACGACUAGAUUUUUCUGCCUGAUGAUAGAUGGAAUAGUAGGGUAGAAGUGUAAGUCUCGAUGUCGUGCUCUUGCGAUAACAGAUGUACAGUGUGAUUGAAGCACAGCAUGGCGAUUUGGGUGCGUCGUCAUCAUAGCAGCAGGGUGCAUGUGAGGGCAGUUGGGGCAGGUUUCUGCUGCUACUUUGCGAGGAGUCAACUUUUUUUGGACUAGAGGUCAAUCUUGAGUCUAAGACUUCUAAUAUGUGUGGCAUGAUACCAAGUCUAUCAUUCCCAUAGCUAUGACCAUACCAGUGACAGGAUAGCAGCUAGAUGUCAAUUUUUGAUGAUAUGAGCUACAGGAGGAUCGUUGUAGGUGUCUUUGUGUCUCAUUUCCAAUCAGGCGCAAAGCUGUCACCAGGAAAUUAAUUUGAAUUAGAAGUUGAUAAAAAACCAUUUUUUCGAGAAUUCAAGAACGAAAUGAAUUCGACAAGCCAAAUUUGAAAAAUGUCAAGGUUGUAAAUCUUAGAGAUAUGAAAGCUUCAAAUCUUAGAGAUUUGAAAGUUUCACCUUUGGUAGAUCUCAGAGCUAUGACUUGGAUGAUAGUGAUUUGAAACUCUAGAGGUAUCCUACCUCUCUUGGGACAGAAAUAGACCUCAGAUGUAAGUGGUCUAAGCUGACACGUACUUGAAUGCUGAUGGCGUGUCUUUUCUUUUGACAGUGAACGACCUCAGAUGUUGAUGGCCUAAGCUUACUUGAAUCCAGGUUAUCAUGCUGAUUGGGAACAAGAGCGAUCUGGCGUCACAGCGCGAGGUUAGUGAGGAAGAUUAUGGCUAUUGCACUUGAAACAAUACCCCAACAUACUUACAGUACAUGUAUCUAUCGUCUUCUACGGGCAGCAAGUCUAAGCAUGCAUAGAGUAGGACUGCGAUGAUAGCAAGCAGUAUACUGUGUCUAACGAGGAUUAGAAGAUCUCGAUUCUACGCGCAUGUAACAGCAGUUUGCUAUCCCCUCGAUUACUACUUCGAACUACUGCUCUAGUUGCCAACAAUACAACAAGCUCUAAGAGGAAGGGAGAAAAUUUGCGCAAGAGAAUAAUCUCUAUUUUAUCGAGACGAGUGCGAAAACGGCCAACAACGUGGAGCAAGCUUUCAUCAACACAGCUCGAGAAAUCAAUAACAACAUCCAGAACGGAAAGUACAACCUCAGCGACGACGUACUAUCUAUUAUAGAGUUAGUGAGUAGAAAGUGUUUGAUGAAAAUCAAUCUUCUGAUUCGCUGUUUUUGGUUAUUGAUGUCCAAACCCAUCUGCUCAGGCAAGCCAUGGCAUCAAGAUCGGACUGCCGCCACCCAACAACCAGCAUGGCGCCGGCGCGAGUUCGUAUAGGGGACAGAGCAACAGCUGUUGUUGAGUUCAUAUCGUGAACGAAUAAUAAUUUCGGCUCAUUUGGUAGAUGAAUUUUGUCGCUUUGUAAGUCGCGCUCGAGGUCGAACCUCGUUGGUGAGUCAUCGAUUACCAUGACGAAGAAAAAACAAUCUUCUAUAGUUUUUUUUGACUCAAUAUUUUUUCUGCCAAAGUUGCUACAAUUUGUCAAUGUUAUGAUAAAAGAUCAUAUUACUUAGGAAUCGUACGGGCUACAGGAUCUUCACAGGAGAUGAGGUAGACCAGUACUCUUCAUAUUUUUACCAACAAGCUCUGACUCCGUUGUUGUUAAUAGCGUUCAGAAACUCAACGUAUUCGCAACACACUACAUCCGUGGAAAACGAAGCUGUGACUUCUAAAUUCACUGUGCCAACGUAAAGCCCUGAGAAGCGGGUCUACUUACGAAGAAAUCAAGAAGAAAUUGUUGACAUUGAAGUCUCUAUAAGAGGAGUGUCCCGCUUUUGUUACUACGUCAACGUCUUCGGAGUACUUACCAU